AUGAUUCCUGGCGCUUUUAUGUAUUCUGUUUAUAAAACAUUAACCAAAUCAAGUCAAUCUUUUUCUAAUUUAAUCGUAUUAAGACCACAAAAAUUGAAAACAAAUGGAUGGCGACCAUAUGCUACGCACAAGCGAUUUUUUCGCCGUACCGACAUUGUACAAAAUGAUGAUAAGUGGGAAAUAACAUUAGACCACAGAAGAUUAAAAACGCCUAAUGGACAAAUAUUGAAAGUUGGUAAUGAGUAUUUGGCCCGAGCUAUAGCAGCUGAAUGGGAUGCUCAAAAGGAAAUUAUUGCUCAACCCACAAUGCAUUUGACAGCCUUAUGUAAUACUGCACUAGACAAUCCAGGAAAGUUGACAUCUCAUGACAUUACUAGUUAUUUAUUGGACUAUCUAAGCACAGAUACUCUUCUAUUUCAUUCAGAAGACGAAAAGGAUUUGCGAGCAUUGCAAGAAAAGAAAUGGGGUCCAGUCUUAGACUGGUUUCAGGAAAGGUUUGGAGUCAAACAAGAAAUAUCACGAGGAUUGGAACCACCGCCAGUUACUAACGAAACACGUGCAGUUUUGGCUCGACAUUUUCUCUCCUAUGAUUUUACAGCACUGAAUGCUUUGUGCUUCGGAGUAGAAGCUCUUAAAUCGCCAAUUCUAAUGAUAGCAUGCACCGAUCGAUAUUUGGAGCCAAAAGAGGCAGUCCUGCUCGCACGGCUUGAAGAAGAAUAUCAGUUAAUGCGGUGGGGGCGCGUACAAUGGGCUCACGAGUUGAACCAAGCCGAGCUUACAUCACGCGUUGCUGCCGCCUUACUUGUCAUACAAUCGUCGACUGAAAAACAUUCAGCAACUACAAAAAAAAAGCCGUAG